AUGCCCGUCAGAAUCCCCAAGGCUGGUGCCAUCGAGGGUGUUGCCUUUGCAACAGCUGGCGUUGUCGGCUUUGCCCCCUUCUACUUCAUGCUUCCCAGCGCCAACCAGCGUCUUGCGUCCCAAACACUGAAGUGGGCUCCGAGGUGGGAGCGCAACAUCUCCUACUUCGCACCUCCCGCGGAACGCGUCGCCCAACGGGUCGAGCCCCGAGUCCACAACACCGUCGUCAGGGUCGACAACAGGCUGCCCCUGGAGAAGAUGGCCAAGGGCGUUGACAGACGCAUCAAGAACGGCGUGGAUCGGUUCCAGCCCAAGCACUAA